ACAAGUGAAUUCUUCUUCGACUCCAACUCAUAGUGGACCCGCUCGCCAGAGAUUGAUGAAACAAAGAAAUAAUGCCGGUGCAUCCUCUAAUGGUGGCGUUCCCCAUCAUCAAACACCAGCUGGCCAAGGUGUUGAAGUGACUCCAAAUAACCCUUCACCAAAAGAACAUAGCCACAGAAGUCCGUUUGGGUCACAAACUCAGAGUAGCAAUGAGCAUCCACAACCACGUAGUUCCUUAAGGAACCGUAAUGGUGGUCCGCAUCCCCGUGGAGAUGGUUCUCACCAUCACAACUAUGGCGGCAGGCAUCAGGACCGCGGAAGUCAAGAUUGGAACAAUCAUCGAAAUUUUAACAGUAGAGACAAUCACAUGCAUCCUCAGAGAGUUUCCCCUAGGGGAAUGAGGCCAACUCAUCAAGCACCGGCACCCCCAACUGCUCCCCCGUUUUUCCCCCAACCUAUGAGGCCUUUUGCCGGUCCCAUAGGGUUUGGUGAUUUUCAAGGAUCACUGGUGUACUUUCAUCCAGGACAUGAUCCUUUAGUACCAUUUAUGGCACUACCACAGCCUCCCUUGAAUCUUGUACGUCCAGACCUUCAGCUGCAUACUAAGAUUAUUAAUCAGAUAGACUAUUAUUUCAGUAAUGAGAAUUUAAUUAAAGAUACUUUCUUGCGGCGAAACAUGGAUGAUCAGGGAUGGGUUCGUAUUAAGUUAAUAGCAGGCUUCAACAAAGUUAUGAAUCUGACAGACAAUAUCCAGAUCAUAUUGGAUGCUUUGAGAAUGUCAACUGUGGUAGAAGUAGAUGUACAGGGUGAUAAAAUAAGGAGGCGCAAUGAUUGGAUGAAAUGGGUAAUGCCAGCUGCUCAGCCUCCUACUGUUUCAAGCUCUCAGACCCUUGGUAAAUCUGGAAAUGAAAUGCUAUCAGCUCAUAUCCAAAGUAUUUCACUCGAUGAGAAGACUACUAACAACAACAAUAUUCAGAACAAUAGCCAGCCGCAGCUGUCCUCUGGUGAUGGAGCAGGUCAAUUCAGUGUUCAGGGAGGUGCAGAUCGCUCUAUUUCAGCAAGAAAUUAGAGUUGAGCAGACGUGCGAGAGUGCACAUACUUUAAAGAAAAAUGAACUGUUGGGAAAGGAAGGUGUUUGAAAGACAAAUAUGGUGAAUAUUUUUUUUAAUCUUUUUUCCUUUUUGGAAAUAGUAAUCAUGCCUCGGCAUGAUGAAACUUGCUUUCUUGCCUGGCAAAUAGAAAGAAAAAAUUUUAAUUGGGGAAGAGAAUUAUCUUGGAACAGAAGCGCAAGUCUAGUUGUGCUGAAGGUUGAUGACUCGAGCUUAGCUCGAGCUCAUUGGGAUUUCUGUACUAUUUUGGGGCAGUUUCAAUGUUUACUAGAUUUAAAACUUAUGGUGGCACGUUUGGUGCUUUUGUUCUGAGAAAUUUUGCUGUCCUUUUCCCCAUACUGCUGCCCCUCAGCUGGUUUUUACAAUCUUUGGGGUCAGACAACUUCCAGAUUCAGGAGGAGAAUGUGACUUUGUGCAAAACGGAUGGUGGUGUGGGUGUCCAAGUUUGUCCGGCGUGUCUCUGCAGUCUGAGGGGCGUCGGCGGCCCUUGCAGGGUUCCGCUGCUUAUGCUUACAGCAAAGUUGCCUUUCACUGAUGGCAUGAUCGAUCAUCUUUCCUUUUAUUAUCUCACAUAUAAGUUAUUUCUAGAAAUUAUAUCGAUACAUAUGUAUACUUUAUCAUUUGCAUAAAUGGUUCCUGGUGGAACAGACCUGAUAUCUUUCCAGGUCAGAACUGGAUGCGGGUGGUUUUGUUCUUUAUGUUUUAUUGCACAUUGGAGCUGUGGACCUUCGGAACCGAUUUGAGCUUUAUUUGAACUUUAAUUAAUGGUAGAUGAUAUUAUCAAUAUU